CCAGGCGGGACCUCAGGAAUGUCCUCAAACUGUUUAAAUAGCACUUGUAUCGGUAGGAUAAGUCAGUAGAAUAAGUCCAAGCACCGGAAUAAAUCCCGGACAGGAGCUCAGAGAGACUUUGAGAGAACUAUCAACCCGAAACUGACGAGCUUCCACAAGAGCUUAAAGAGGAGGAUAAAUAAUCGGACAAGGACUUUUUCUCUUACCUAUUUUCAGAGGGAAUUUUCAUUUUAAAGGGAUCACUUGAUAUUCCAACAUGAUGCUGUGUGGCAUCUUUUUGCUGUUGAUGCUUUGGAGCUGCGAAGGCGCAAGAUUGGCAGAGAGCCGAGAUGAUAACAGUGUGUAUGACUUAUUUGAUCUGGCCCGGGUGAGCAAGAGACACAACGGAGUGAGUUUGGUUAAAGGUGCAGAUCCCUACAGCCCUGCAUACAAGGUCCUGAACCCAGACCUGAUCCCCCAAGUCCCAGACAGCUCCUUCAGGGACAUCCUCGACUCCAUCCAGGCCGAGAGGGGCUUCCUCCUCCUGGUCAACCUGAAACAGUUCAAGAAAACCAGGGGCAGCCUCCUGACCAUUGAGAGGAAUGACGGAUCCGGACCCGUUUUCGAGAUCAUCUCCAACGGGAAAGCCAACACUCUGGAUGUGGUCUACUCCACCGCAAACCAUCAGGGGGUCGUGUCCAUCGAGGAGGCAGACUUGGCCACUGGACACUGGAAGAACAUCACACUGUUCGUUCAGGACGACAGGGUGCAGCUUUUUGUCGGCUGUGAGGAGAUCAAUGUGUCAGAGAUGGAUUUGCCCAUCUCCAAAGUGCUGUUCCAGGAGGUGGCAGACAUCGCCAGACUCAGGAUUGGAAAGGGGGCUGUGAGGGACAGAUUCAUGGGAGUGCUGCAGAAUGUGCGCUUUGUCUUUGGAACUACUCUGGAUGCCAUACUGAGAAAUAAGGGAUGCCAGAGUGGAGCUACCUUAACUGAUGUCAUGACCCUUGACAACCCAGUCAAUGGCUCCAGCCCCGCCAUUAGGACUGAUUACACCGGUCACAAAGCCAAAGAUCUGCAGACUGUCUGCGGCUUCUCUUGUGAGGACAUCGCCGGCAUGUUUAAGGAGCUCAAGGGACUCGGCGUGGUCGUUAAACAGCUGUCCAACGAGCUCCGCAAAGUGUCUGAAGACAGCACACUGCUGAAAAAUCAAAUGAACAUCCACAGCGGAAUCUGCAUCCACAACGGCAUCGUGCACAAGGACAAGGACGAAUGGACUGUUGACGGCUGCACUGAGUGCACCUGCCAGAACUCUGCUACUGUGUGCCGCAAAAUCUCCUGCCCUCUCAUCCCAUGUGCUAACGCCACCGUGCCUGACGGAGAGUGCUGCCCUCGCUGCGGAACACCGAGCGACUUCGCAGAGGACGGCUGGUCCCCUUGGUCUGACUGGACCCAUUGUUCGGUGACUUGUGGUCGGGGCAUCCAGCAGCGCGGACGCUCCUGUGACCGCAUCAACAGCAACUGUGAGGGCACCUCUGUCCAGACCCGUGACUGCUACCCCCAGGAAUGUGACAAACGCUUCAAGCAGGAUGGAGGUUGGAGCCACUGGUCGCCCUGGUCUUCAUGCUCUGUGACCUGCGGUGAGGGGGUCAUCACCCGGAUACGCCUCUGCAACUCCCCCACACCCCAAAUGGGUGGCAGGGACUGUCAGGGAGACGGACGUCAAACAGAAAUCUGCCAGAAGUCACCCUGUCCAAUUGAUGGAGGUUGGGGACCUUGGUCACCAUGGGACAGCUGCACCGUUACCUGUGGUGGAGGAGUCCAGAACCGCAAGCGACGCUGCUCCGACCCCGUCCCCAAAUACGGAGGAAAGGAUUGUGUUGGUGAUGCUUCUGUGUCUCAAGUGUGCAACAACCAGGAGUGCCCUAUUGAUGGUUGUCUCUCCAGUCCAUGCUUCCCUGGCGCAAAGUGCACCAGCUUCCCCGAUGGCUCUUUCAAGUGUGGCAGGUGUCCGCUUGGCUACAUUGGGAACGGCGUCACCUGCAAAGACAUUGAUGAGUGUAAACAGGUGCCCGAUGCUUGCCACACACAUAACGGAGUCCACCGCUGUGAGAACACCGAGCCGGGUUACAACUGCCUGCCCUGCCCCCCACGUUUCUCCGGUCCUCAGCCCUUUGGAAGAGGAGUCGAACAGGCAACUGCUAAAAAACAGGUUUGCAAACCCCGUAACCCUUGCCAAGAUGGUAGCCACGACUGCCAUAAAAAUGCAAACUGCAUCUACUUGGGCGUCUACUCUGAGUCUAUGUACCGUUGCGAGUGCAAGCCAGGGUAUGCAGGAAACGGCCGUAUUUGCGGAGAGGACACUGACUUGGACGGAUGGCCCAACACUGACCUGCUCUGUGUGGAGAACGCCACCUACCACUGCAAGAAGGAUAACUGCCCCAGUCUUCCCAACUCUGGCCAGGAAGAUCAUGACAAAGAUGGCCUGGGUGAUGAAUGUGACCAUGAUGAUGACAAUGAUGGGAUCCCCGAUGAUAGGGAUAACUGCCCAAGAGUAUACAACCCUGCCCAGUAUGACGCAGACAGAGACGAGGUUGGCGACAGCUGUGACAACUGUAUAUUUGAGGCAAACCCUGACCAAACCGACACGGACAACAAUGGAGAGGGUGAUGCCUGUGCUGUUGACAUUGAUGGCGAUGGCAUUCUGAACGAGAACGACAACUGCCCAUAUGUUUACAAUGUGGACCAGAGAGAUACUGACAGGGACGGGGUGGGAGACCAUUGUGACAACUGCCCUCUGGAGCACAACCCUGAUCAGAUUGACUCUGACUCAGACCUCAUUGGAGACAAGUGUGACAACAACCAAGACAUUGAUGAGGAUGGCCACCAGAACAACUUGGACAACUGCCCCUACAUUCCCAACGCCAACCAGGCAGACCACGACAAGGACGGCAAGGGUGACGCCUGCGACCAUGACGAUGAUAAUGAUGGCAUUCCCGAUGACAAAGACAACUGUAGGCUGGUGGCUAACCCAGAUCAGCUGGACUCUGAUGGUGAUGGUCGCGGUGAUGCAUGCAAAGAUGACUUUGAUGACGACAAAGUUCUGGACAUCUACGACGUGUGCCCAGAGAACUUUGACAUCAGUGAAACAGACUUCCGCAGAUUCCAAAUGGUUCCUCUGGACCCCAAGGGAACCUCUCAGAUCGACCCCAACUGGGUGGUCCGGCAUCAGGGCAAGGAGUUGGUACAGACUGUCAACUGCGACCCCGGCAUUGCUGUUGGUUACGAUGAGUUCAGCGCAGUGGAUUUCAGUGGAACGUUCUUCAUCAACACAGACAGAGAUGACGACUACGCCGGGUUCGUGUUCGGCUACCAGUCCAGCUCACGCUUCUACACAGUGAUGUGGAAACAGAUCACACAGACCUACUGGUCCCACACGCCCACAAGAGCUCAAGGCUACUCUGGCCUGUCAAUCAAAGUUGUCAACUCCACCACUGGGCCCGGAGAGCAUCUGAGGAACGCCCUGUGGCACACCGGAGAUACCGCAGGACAGGUGCGCACUCUGUGGCACGACCCCAAGAACAUUGGCUGGAAGGACUUCACCGCCUACAGAUGGCAUCUCAUCCACAGACCCAAGUCCGGACUUAUUAGAGUGGUCAUGUAUGAAGGCAAGAGAAUCAUGGCUGAUUCUGGAAACAUCUAUGACAAGACAUACGCUGGUGGGCGACUAGGCUUGUACGUCUUCUCUCAGGAGAUGGUUUACUUCUCAGAUCUCAAAUAUGAAUGCAAAGACACAUAAUUGGACCACAGAACCUUCCAGAAGAAUGCCCGUCAGUAUAAAUAUAUAAUGCGAGACCUGGAUCGAUAGCUCUUUAACUUCUUUUUUUUGAGAACUGCACAUUGGAGGAAUGACGAGCAAGUGAGCUAACAUGAGGUAAACUGACCUCAGGACUUUAAGCCAAAUGAAAGUUCAAUGAUGAUUCUGCACCACUGCACCAAAACUCUAAUUUUGAGCGCAACUCUGCUCAAAAUAAAUUGGCCCUCUCAAUUUGUUGCUCUGAUCUGUAAUAAAGGGGAGGGCCACAUUUUAUUGCUUUGCACACCUGACCUGUCAGAUGGCGGUAUUCCUCUGUGGAGGAGGGACCAAAGGGAAGAGCGUUCCAUGCUUUUAACAUUUUAUUAUUUUUGAGCAUUAAUAUACAUCUGCUGUGGACUCAAAGAAGCUUGUUUCAGUAUGAAGAAAGCAGUAGGAGAACUUUCAUAGGCCGGGGUAAAUAUGCCCCUAGAAGGAACUGUUGAGGGACCAUGGACAGUAUGGACUGACUGUUACUAUCAAAGAGAGUGAAUGUUGUUUGUGUGUUUGUGCAUGUGUGCCACCCAUCAAGCAUAGUUAUGAAGACAACCGCGUCAUUGUUUUAAAUUCAGUUUUUUUUUUUUUGUUUUUUUUUUAACAAUCCCUCACCACCCCACUUUCCCACAAACCUGUAUGUACAAAGUCUCUUAUUUAGCCGAGGCUUAGGGCUGGCCCAAAACAUUCGUCUUCUCAGGAAAGAGCACUAGAAGAAACGAGGAGAGCACAAGAUUCAGGACAGCACAGGGCCCCGAAGCAGGCGCACUGAACACUGCUUUGGAACAGUAAUUAAUAGCAAAUAUGAUGUUAAUAUCUCCUUUCUUUACUGAGCAUGUUAAGGGACAUAAACAGCGAGGGCCAGUCUAUUCCCUGUCAUAAAUAAACUGUUGUAAGUAUGGCUGUUUGUAUUUACAUAUUCAUCAUAGCGGCUUUAAUUCUUGCUCAGCUCUGCAUCUUGAAAUUUUGUCCAACCUAUUCCAAUUAGUUGAAAUCAAUAUUUGCUAAAGGCAAGAUAAAUUGAUCCAAAAAAAGUAAAAGAUCGGCAUCACUCACAGUAUGUGUUAAUAUUCUGCUUCUGCACAGUGUGCAUGACUGGUGUGCCUGAGCUUGUGUGUACAUUUCUGACAAGGGAAGAUCAAAGGAAACCCUUUAUGUACAAAUAUUACCUCAUUAAUUCUUUUUGUAUUGAGACCAGCAAUACACAAGAAUCACUUGUCUUAGCAACAGAGUAUAAAUUGGUUGGCUUUUUUUUUUAAGCAAGACUUUAGUAUCAUUUAUAUGCUGUAUAUAAGAUAUUUUUGUAGAAGACCAAACAGGAACGUAAAGGAUUAAAGAAAUGUUGUCUUGACUAUGUUGUGCUAUAUGUAUGUCCUGUGCAUUUUUUGAUAAAUUAUUAUGUUUGUUUUAUGUCGAGGUUAUUUCAUUUGUGUAGAUAUAUGCUAUUUAAAUAAUUUAUCUAGAAGCGUAGCCUCAUAUGGAAGCGUUUCUGUCUGUAUAAACUUAUUUGCACACUGACAUGAGGAUGUCUUUGUUAUUUUUGUUUUUUUUUGUAUGUGUCUUUUUUUAAUUAUUAGUGAAGCUUUUCUAUAAACUUUGUACUAUA